AUGUCGAAGACACAAACAAAUCGCGAAGCGCACAAGCGAGGAGUACGCACGCCUUCUCGUCGCAAAACGAAGCAGAGUGUGGAAAGCGACAACCCGGCGGUGGUGGAUUUGUUUGCAGCGAUCUCGAGCAGACGCACGCGAGGUUCGCACGUUCUCCGUCAAGCGGCCUCGGCAAGCUGGGAUCCCAAGCACAGUGGGCGCAAAUAUCCUAGCGACGGCCUGGACCCUUGGCCACGCCCGCUGCCAGGGGUCGAGCUGCCUCCGACGCACGAGCUCUCGGUCAUUUCUCACCGUGAGGCCGUGAACUCGUCCGUCGGCUGCUUCCCCCAGAUCAGGGUCGCGUCUCGGAAGAAGCUGCAGCAGGUGCAGCGGCUGCAGCUGCAACAGCUGUUUGCAGGACCGCUCGCCUCGGAUGUCCCGAACCACGCUUCGCUCGACGCUCGCUACUGCGCACGACAAGCACAAACCUUUCCGCUGCAAAGCCGCGUUGACCAUGGAUACUCGCCUUUCCUAGGAGAGCUUCUUGCACCUCAGCCGGACACGCCCGCUUGGCCGAGCAAACCAGCAAGUCAGACUCCACGCCGCCGUCGUUUGCUGUUCCCCGACCGAUCGCGUCGAGCUGCAGCUCAUGUCCGAGGCUCCUCUCCGCUUGAGCUUGUCUUGCGACAGCAAGCCCUCCACACUCAGCAUUGCAAUUGCUUUGUGCUUCGCUCUCGGUCUUCGUCUCUCCGCAGCCGCACGCUGCCCGUCGGACCUGCAUCAUACUUUCCUGGGCCGCAUCACUUUGCUCCUUCCGAGCGGUACACGGCCAUCAGCAUAAGCGCCAGCCCGCCUUCCAGGAACCGGUGUCAUCUGCUCGGACUCACCGCGUCCUGCUCACUCGCUGCACAUCACUUACGGCUGUACCUGCUGCACGUCAAGCUCUGCUGCCCGAGCCCUUCAAACCUAGCCAUCUUUCCGACAUCAUCGCCUCCCAUCCUCGCUCUGCCUGCAAGCCACUGCCCCUCCAAUCCCCGCAGCUCCAUUCGCACAAUCGUCGGAGCCUCACCGAACAAGCUUCGUCCGCCGCAGUUCUCAUCCGACGCGAUCAUAUGCAUACCUGAUCGACAUUGCUUCCGAGCGGACCUCAGUCGUGCAGAUCCACGCGGCCUGCACCGAAGUCGAGACGGCCAAGGCGAUCCUGGACGUCUCUGA